UUUAUUUUGAAUGAGGACACCGGAAAUCCUUUAACUUUCGAGCAAAUUUGACACAGUGUAAACAUGGCGAGCCUGGCAGAAGUCGGAUGGAAACUCCUGGAAUUCAAAGCGCGAUCAAAAAGAUCAGAUUUGUGAUUUAGCUGAGAGAGAGAGACGAUUGGCCUUAAUUUCAACUUUUGAGAAUGGCCGAGUCAGUGGCUGCAAUUACCCGGCCUCAUCGGAAAGUUCUCAGACUUGGUUCCAUCUAUGAACCUCUCAAGCUGUCCACACUCCCGCGUGAGGAUGAGCCCCUAUGGGAGAAGCUGGACCGCUACUACAGUGCUGUCAAGACAACCAUUCUAAACUACCAGAGUCCCACCACUGGCCUUUUCCCGGUCAAAACAUGCUCCACCUGCAAGGAGGCCAAGGUCCGGGACUCACUGUACUGUGCUGCUGGUGCUUGGGCCCUGGCUGUCGCCUACCGGCGGAUUGAUGACGAUAUGGGGCGGACCCAUGAAUUGGAGCAUUCUGCCAUUAAGUGCAUGAGAGGGGUCCUCUACUGCUACAUGAGACAGGCUGAUAAGGUGGAGCAGUUUAAACAGGAUCCCAGCCCUUCCAAGUGUCUGCACUCAGUGUUCAAUGUAGACACUGGGGAUGAGGUGUACUCCUACACGGACUACCACCACCUGCAGAUCGAUGCUGUUUCUCUGUUCCUGUUAUACCUGGUGGAGAUGAUCUGCUCUGGUCUGCAGAUCAUUUACAACACCGAUGAGGUUUCCUUCAUCCAGAACCUGGUGUUCUGUGUGGAAAGGGCCUACAGGGUGCCUGACUACGGCAUGUGGGAGAGAGGCAGCAAAUACAACAACGGUAGCACUGAGCUGCAUUCCAGCUCUGUAGGCCUGGCUAAAGCUGCACUGGAGGCCAUCAAUGGAUUCAACCUGUUUGGAAACCAGGGCUGUUCGUGGUCGGUGAUAUUUGUGGAUCUGGACGCCCACAACAGGAACAGGCAGACCCUGUGCUCCCUGCUGCCCCGAGAGUCUCGCUCACAUAACACAGAUGCAGCCUUGCUUCCAACCAUCAGCUAUCCUGCUUUUGCAGUAGACGAUGAUGCCCUCUACAGUCAAACACUGGACAAGAUUGUCCGCAAGCUGCGGGGCAAGUAUGGCUUUAAACGCUUCCUCCGUGAUGGCUACCGCACCACUAAUGAAGACAAGAAUCGCCGCUACUACAAACCUGCUGAAAUGAAGCUUUUUGAUGGAAUCGAGUGCGAGUUUCCCAUGUUCUUCAUCCACAUGAUGAUUGACGGGGUGUUCAGAGGAAAUAAAGCUCAGAUCAAAGAAUACCAGGACCUCCUUGAACCCAUCAUCUUCCAGUCUUAUGAGGGCCAUGCUGUGAUCCCUAAAUACUACUACGUACCGGCUGACUUUGUGGAGGCGGAGCAGAACAAGCAUGGAAGCCAGAAGCGUUUCCCUAGCAACUCUGGCCGUGAUGGGAAGCUCUACCUGUGUGGUCAGGCCCUUUACUACAUCGCCAAGCUACUGGUGGAUGAGCUGAUCAGCCCUAAAGAUAUUGAUCCCAUCCACCGCUACGUGCCCCACCAGGACCAACGCAACGUCAGCAUGCGAUACUCCAAUCAGGGUCCCAUAGAGAAUGAUGUUGUGAUUCACGUAGCCCUGAUCGCAGAAAGCCAGAGACUGCAGGUGUUUUUGAACACCUAUGGCAUUCAGACCCAGACGCCCCAGCAGGUGGAGCCAAUCCAGAUCUGGCCUCAGAAGGAACUGGUCAAGGCAUACCGUUUCCUUGCCAUCAAUAAGAAGCUGGGAUUGAGUGGGCGUCCAGAAAGGCCAGUGGGCUGCAUUGGGACCUGCAAAAUUUAUCGUAUCCUGGGCAAGACUGUGGUGUGCUACCCAAUAGUAUUUGAUCUAAGUGACUUUUACCUGUCCCAAGAUGUUAUGCUGCUGAUUGAUGACAUUAAGAAUGCCCUGCAGUUCAUCAAACAGUGCUGGAAGAUGCAGGGACGUCCCCUCUUCCUUGUUCUCAUCCGCGAGGAUAACAUCAAGGGGAGCCGCUUCAACCCAGUCCUGGACAUGCUGGCCUCAUUCAAGAAAGGCAUCAUUGGGGGCGUCAAAGUUCAUGUCGACAGACUUCAGACCCUGAUAUCUGGAGCAGUGGUGGAGCAGUUGGACUUCCUGCGUGUGAACGAGGCAGAGAUCCCAGAGUUUAAGAGCUUUGAGGAGCUGGAGCUGCCUAAGCACUCCAAGGUGAAGAGACAGAUGAGUACACCCAACGUCUCAGACCUGGAGCAGCAGCCAGAGAUCAGUGUGGAGGAGUGGCUGAACAGGCCCACUCCUGAGGUCAUCCAGAAGUUCCAUGAAUGCGACUGCUUGGCCAGUCAGGCUCAGCUAGCAGCCAUCCUUCUUAGGAGAGAAGGACCAGAAUUCCUUGCCAAAGAUGAGAACCUGUUGGAUGAACUGGAGAGAAUCUAUAGAAGAGCUGGAAGCAGAAAGCUUUGGUCUGUUGUCCGUCUUGCCGCCAGUCUCUUAACUAAGCUGGUGGACAGCCUUGCCCCCAGUAUUACUAGUAUUUUAGUACAUGGCAAGCAGGUGACCCUGGGUAUAUUCGGGCAAGAGGAGGAGGUGAUCUCCAACCCACUGUCGCCAGGUGUGAUCCAAGGCAUCAUCUACAGCAAGUGCUCCCCUCACGGUGGAGAGCGGGAGGCUGUUCUUCAGCAGGAACUGGUCAUCCAUAUUGGAUGGAUUAUCUCCAACAACCCAGAGCUGUUCAGCGGCAUGCUCAAGAUCAGAGUCGGAUGGAUUGUCCAGGCCAUGAAGCAUGAGCUGAAGAUCCGGGCAGGUGACAUGCCACCCCAGGACAUCUACCAACUCUCCCCCAGUGACAUCAAGCAGCUCCUGCUGGAUGUCCUGCAGCCACAAAACACUGGCAGGUCUUGGCUGAACAGGCGUCAGAUCGAUGGCUCUCUGAACAGGACUCCUCUGGGCUUUUAUGAUCGUGUGUGGCAGAUCCUGGAAAGGACCCCCAACGGCAUUAUGGUGGCUGGGACUCACCUCCCACAGCAACCUACACUGUCUGACAUGACCAUGUAUGAGAUGAACUUCUCCCUGCUCGUGGAGGACACGCUGAAGAAAAUAGUUCUGCCUGAAUACAGGCAAAUUGUGGUAGAGUUGCUGAUGGUGGUAUCCAUAGUGCUGGAGAGAAAUCCAGAGCUGGAAUUCAGCAAUGACAAAGUGGAUCUGGACAGCCUGGUGAAGGAAGCCUUUAAGGAUUUCCAGAAGGAUCGUAGCCGUUUUGAAGGCAUGGAGAAACAGGAUGACAUGGAGGCAUUCUACAACACAUCGCCCGUGGGAAAGAGAAGCACCUCCAGCUACCUGACCAAGGCUGUUAUGAUCCAGUUGCUGCAAGGGGAUGUCAAGCCCUGCAAGGAUGACCCGUGCUCUGUUAGCUAGAUUUACGACGCUUUGACCCCUAAUCCGAGCCUGCUAGAGUGUAGUCAUCAAAUGGCCCGGCGAGGACUACUGAGUAUCUAUCACAUGUAUUCAGAAGGUAACCUCUAACCUCUCCAAUCCUCCCUGCAGCAGAACUCUGCCUGCAAGUUACAUUUUACCUGGACUUUUGCCUGAACAACAGUAGAAGCUGUAAGCAGAAGAUUUAAUUCCUGUAGAUGAGCAUGUUGGCAGUUAAUUAGUAGGAGAAAUCAGUAUCACCAGGGCCUUGUUUCUUUUACCUCUACACAUUGGUUUUGUGUUGAGUUCAGUCACCCAGCUGUGUUGUGCACUCAAAUUAAGAUUUUAAUGGCGUUAUUCAUUGCCGUAGGUGGCUAGCUAUGUCACCUAGCACCUAGCCACCCAACUACUGUACUAUAUUUCCCUUUCUCUAAUAAUGAGUAUUUUCCUAAAUUUCAAGCUAGUUCUUUCGUUUUUGAUGUUGCUUCGAAAUCCAAUUUAAAUGUUCUGUCAGGUAUGCUACAAAUAAUGCCACAAUGAACUCUUGCUAAAUGAACAACAGUCUCAGAUGUAACCGUUAAAGCUGUAUCUCACCUGCAAUAACCUAGAGCUGUUACAUAGCAACUAGUCUGUAAAAGGUCAUGUUACAUCAUGUGUUUGUUUCUCAAAUGUGGUUCUCAGAUUGGUGCUUUUGGCUCCCAGGUGCCUCAAAAACGGCAUCCCGUAUCACCAGAAAUCAAAAGCUGUUAAGUCUGCCAUCAUUUCAUACAUGACCCAUUAGUAUAAAUGUAUGCAUCUUCAUGAAAUUGCAUCUUGGUGUGGUUAACCUCAUGCAAGCUAUCUAUGGAUCUUUGGCAAUAUGCAGUUUGAGAACCACUGAAGGUAAAAUAUUUGGAUUUUAUAGUGAUUUCCACAGUACAUUAUUCAGCACAUACACAUACUGUACAUGCCAGAGUUAGGUGUUUGUUGUACUGUAUUGAGUUUCUCCUUCUGUGCAUGCACAGUCUGCUGCAUGACAAUAGGUACUGUUUAUCAUAACCAUCGUGACGGAUUCUCUGAAUGUUCAAUGCUACAAAAUAGUGUCUGAAAGGCCUGUUUUGGACAGCAGGUUUCUGCAUGACAAUGACUACUGCUCAUCUGAAGUCCUGGGACUGAGGACCCUUUAGAAAAGGCUGUUUUGUUGAAUGUGGGCAGGAGUAAAGACUGCUGUCAUCCUUGGGUGGAAAUGAUAAAAGACUCACUUUGACUUAUUUUAAAGCGUGCCUCUCUGAAUAUCAUCACUGUGAUAAAUCCGCCCAACCUUGUCACUGUGUGUGUGUGCGUGUGUGUGUUUUGUUUACUGUUGUUGUUCAAAAGAAGUAUUUUUAACUCAAAACUGUAGAUUCAAAGAAUAAAGUUAUCAUGGAAAGUAUAAA